AUGUAUUCUUCCCUGAAGAGGAGGAGAGACGAUGCCGCGCAUCUCGGCAGGACCCCCGAAGUCAUCGGGCCUGCUCCCCUUGCCGACGAAGGCCCCGACCCCAAGAAGAAGAUGACGGCAGCGUGCACCGCCUGCCGCAAGCAAAAGGUUCGCAAAGUCUCUCCAUUCGUCCAAUCCAUUGCCUUACCGCGCCACAUCAGCUUUUUCUUUUGCGGCCUGCACAUCCUCCAGACACUAAUGCGUAGCAGGCAAAUCGGGCUUCUGGGCGAGGACGUUGCCAGUAUCUUCAACAUUCUACAAACGGUCUGCUGCCGACUGGAGAUCGAGCCUCCUCAGCCGUUGAAGUCGUUGCAGGAGAGCGCUGAUCACUGCAACUCGGGGCAGUCUGCCAACGCUGCUGACGACGCCGAGGUCUACGAGUUGUCGGCCCCUGCUUCGCCUUCGACGUUACAGGCGCCCAUAGAACCGUACCUGAGCGGCGGACGUUUGCAACAGCAUGAUGCGUCUCUGUCCAACGGAGGAGAGAGCGAGAGACCAGACCUCAUCAGCAAAGGUCUCAUCGCCUUCGAUCUCGCUGACCUCCUUGUACAACGUUACCUGGUGCAUUUUGAUCGCUUUCUAUAUGGAAUCGCUCGGAAAUACCGCGAUGCGACUGAAGUGCGAAAAGCGUCACCCACACUCCUGGCCGCCAUGUGUGCCGUAUCAGCCUUCCACGACGUGGACCACAAGGACGUGUUUGCGGAGUACCGGGCUCUCGUUUCCGCAUCCCUGUUCGAGAAGAGAGGGGUCGAGUACGUUCGAGCGCUGUGUAUCGGAUCGUUCUGGCUGCUUGACGCGUCUAGGAUCCUCUUGAGCGAUGCGAUACGCAGAGCCGCCGAUUGCCGCCUUCAUGAUCAUUUUCAGCUCUUGGUGGCAGCUUCGCCGGCGGAGCUUUCUACUUCCCCUUCCUCUUCCAUAGCAGCGGUCGAUACAGGUGUCUCGGACAAGGCCAAGGAGGAUGCGAGGGACAAAGUUCGCCUCUGGUAUCUACUGUUCAUCUCAGACCGACACCUUACCAUUCUCCACAACCGGGACUCGGUGAUACGGCAGGAAAAGGACGCCAUUGAGCAGAGGGAUCUGUUCUUGGCUGACAAGAGCGUUACUGGGGCUACGUAUCAAGAUGUCCGCCUGCUAUCACAGGUCUCGUUGCUCGUCAUCAUGGGCCACAUACGAGAUACCAUAGGAUGCGAGCAGAGCAGGCCGAUUCCCAAGAGCUUCAGCGUUCAGUUCGCCCACUUUGCACACGAGCUCGACCAGUGGUAUGAGAGGUUUGCACCAUCACUAAAAGACGAUCAGUACAUCGGCACAUUCCCCUUGGCGGGUCUCAAGAUGCACCACCAGUACGCCCGACUCUAUCUGACACACCACGUCUUCCGGGGUCUUGGCGAGGGUCCGAUUCCGGGCCACUUCAUCGGGCAGGCGGCGACGGCGCAUGAGGCUGCGGUCGCCAUCUUCGCUGUGGUGCUCGAGAACGAGGCCUUCCGGACAAACAUCCUGGGUAUGCCUCCCUACUUCCACGUCAUGAUCUCGUUUGCGGGUCACUUCCUGCUUGAGGUGGUCAUCAAGAAGCACCGCGAGCAGCUCGGGAUCGCGCCCGAGGUCUUGGACGAGGACCUGAAGCGCGUCGCCGCCGUGCUGGCACUUUUUGCGCGCACGCCCGCCAUGCCCCAGCACCCCAUUGCCCGUGCAGUGGCCGGACUCUCACGCAGGAUGAAUGAGUGUACCGCCGUCCUGGGGCUCGAGUCGAUAUUCACGGGCAGUCCGUUCCAGAACCCGGACUACGCAUCCCUCAUGCUGGAGCUCGAGGCCGGCGCCAGAGAUGGGGGACCCCGGGAUGCCAUGGCAGAGGGCAUGACGAUGUCGUCGUUUGACCUUGGGGCGAUGGGCGGGUCGUCAUCAGAGGACUUUCUGUUUACCGAUUUCAGCGGGUUUGGCAUGGUGUUUCCCGACGCACAUUCCCAUUUCGGGCCUGGGUCUUAGUGCAGGAUGUUUGAAGUGGUGCUUGCCAGGGACAGAUAAGAAGUCCGCGUCAGUACAAUCACCAGCAUCAGAUAGACUGAAUGGAAGCAUUCUACU